GGAUUUUCCAUUGCAUUGCACUCCUGAAGAAUGGCACCACUAAUCGCUUUUCUUAUUCUUUUGGCUCAAAUCCAGUGCUCGAUGGGAGAGGUUUAUAUAGUCUACAUGGGGAAAAAAACCAUUGAAGACCACGAACUGGUAACGAAAUCCCAUCACGAAACGCUGGCCAGUGUGUUGGGAAGUGAAGAUUUGGCAAAAGGUGCUAUCUUGUACAGCUACCGGCAUGGAUUCAGCGGUUUCGCAGCAGAUAUGAAUCCAGGGCAUGCAAAAGCUUUGUCCAAGAUGCCUGGAGUUGUGUCUGUGUUCCGCAGCAAAAAGGUGAAGCUGCAUACAACUCACAGCUGGGACUUCCUUGGACUGGAUCUCAUGAAGCCCAACGGCAUUUUGCAAGAAUCUGGCUUCGGAGUGGACGUAAUUGUUGGGGUUGUGGAUUCAGGUGUAUGGCCUGAAGCUGAGAGUUUCAAUGACAAAUCAAUGCCAGCAGUUCCCACAAGAUGGAAGGGAAUAUGUCAAAUAGGCGAGAACUUCACGGCUUCAAACUGUAAUAGGAAACUUAUAGGAGCUCGAUAUUUCAACCAAAGUGUGGAUCCUAGCGUGGAGGACUACAGAUCACCCAGGGACAAAAACUCUCACGGCACGCAUACAUCGUCGACCGCUGUAGGCAGGCUCGUUUAUGGAGCCAGCGAUGAUGAAUUUGGCAGCGGAAUAGCUCGUGGUGGAGCACCAAUGGCCAGGCUUGCAAUGUACAAAUUCUAUGAAGAGAGUAGCAGCUUAGAAGCAGACAUUAUUGCUGCAAUCGACUACGCAAUUUAUGACGGAGUCGACAUCCUGUCCAUUUCUGCAGGCGUGGACAAUACGUACGAGUACAACACGGAUGGCAUUGCAAUUGGCGCAUUUCAUGCAGUCCAGAAUGGGAUUUUGGUUGUGGCAAGUGGUGGCAAUUCGGGACCAUAUCCAUCCACAAUCAUUAACACUGCUCCCUGGAUUCUGAGUGUGGGAGCAAGCUCUAUUGACCGGGGUUUCCAUGCAAAGAUCGUUCUUCCCGACAAUGCUACCUCUUGCCAGGCAACGCCAUCACAGCACCGGACCGGUUCUAAAGUUGGAUUGCAUGGAAUUGCCUCUGGGGAGAAUGGCUAUUGUACAGAAGCGACAUUGAAUGGUACCACCCUGAGAGGGAAGUAUGUCCUUUGCGUUGCUUCCAGCGCCGAGCUUCCCGUGGACAUGGAUGCUAUCGAAAAGGCUGGAGCCACCGGAAUUAUAAUCACCGAUACAGCCAGAUCGAUAACAGGAACCUUGUCGCUCCCUAUAUUUGUAGUUCCCAGUGCAUGCGGUGUGCAGCUCUUAGGUCACAGAUCACAUGAGAAAUCGUCAACGAUCUAUAUCCAUCCACCUGAAACUGUGACCGGGAUUGGACCAGCCCCUGCUGUUGCAACCUUCUCAUCCAGGGGACCAAACCCAAUUUCUCCUGAUAUUCUAAAGCCUGAUAUCAUUGCUCCUGGCGUUGACAUAAUCGCUGCUAUUCCUCCAAAAAACCAUUCAAGCAGCUCAGCAAAGAGUUUUGGAGCGAUGAGCGGCACGUCCAUGUCCUGUCCUCACGUUUCCGGUGUUGCGGCUUUGCUUAAAUCCUUGCAUCCAGAUUGGAGCCCCUCCGCAAUCAAGUCUGCAAUUAUGACAACAGCUUGGAACAUGGACAACACAAGGGAUAUAAUAACUGAUAGUUUCACACUAAGUUAUUCCAACCCCUUCGGAUAUGGAGCAGGACACAUCAAUCCAACCAAAGCAGCAGAUCCAGGCCUUGUUUACGUUACCACUCCUCAAGACUAUGCUCUCUUCUGCUGCAGUCUGGGCAGCAUUUGCAAGAUUGAACACUCCAAAUGCUCGUCUCAGACUCUAGCAGCCACUGAGCUGAACUAUCCCUCGAUAACAAUCUCCAACCUGGUGGGAGCCAAAACAGUGAAAAGAGUUGUGACAAACGUAGGGACACCAUGCUCAAGUUACAGGGCAAUCGUGGAAGAGCCGCAUAGCGUCAGAGUUACAGUCAAACCGGACAUUCUCCAUUUCAACAGUUCCGUGACAAAGCUGUCUUAUGAGAUCACGUUUGAGGCUGCUCAAAUAGUUCGUUCAGUGGGGCACUAUGCUUUUGGCUCCAUCACUUGGUCAGAUGGCGUCCAUUAUGUACGGAGCCCCAUUAGUGUCCAGGUAAACGAUUUCAUUCGUGCUUGACUGGGUGGUAAAUAAACGACGAAAUAACUGUUUCUUGCGCCCUAAGCGAGAAUCAUCUAUGGUAUGAAUAUAAACCAUAAGACUUUGGUUUCAAAAGCAAUUCAAUGUUUCUUGAAGCCC